AUGGUGGAGCAGAAGAGUGGCGGUAGCAUCCUCUUCGUGGCCUCCGUCUCGGGCCAUCUCGUGGUUUAUCCUCAACCCCAAGCAGCGUAUGGCAUGUCGAAAGCUGCAGUCAUUCACAUGACAAAGUCCCUCGCCGCGGAAUGGGCAGUGCAUGGCAUCAGGGUGAACUGUAUCAGUCCUGGCUAUAUGGACACCAUUCUCAAUCACGGUCCUGCGAUGGACCAAAUCAAGGCGACUUGGCUCUCGCGCACUCCCAUGGGUCGAAUGGGUCAGCCUUCGGAGCUCAUGGGCGCGGUUGUCAUGCUGUGUAGCCCAGCCUCGAGCUAUAUUACAGGGGCGGAUCUUGUGAUCGACGGUGAGUUUUCCGGCUGUCCGUCAAUGCUAUGA